AUGGUGAAGCAUUGUGUCGUCCAGUUUUGUACUGAUUCAAACAAAACUGGGCAUACAAUGCAAAUAUUUCCAAAUGACGCAAAUUUGAAGCGACAAUUUGUGAAAUUUGUUCAAGUGAAAAUAGCCGAUUUCGUCGAGCCGUUCGAACGUUCUGUUGUUUGUGGCAGUCAUUUUUCUUCCUGGUGCUGUACCGACGAUUCAGGCCUCACCAGAAGCAAAUUAUUCGGAAGUAUAAAAACGACCCAUACAGUCGGCAGACGACGAGGAUUCGGAAGUGGCCGACCGAACUGAGAAAGAAGUUGAGCUCUUCAAAAGUUAGAGGUCAACAGAGAAAGUACAAAAUCGAUUUACAUGAAAACGUUUUGUUAAUUAAACAACAAUAGCUUUAUUGGUUCUCUAAAAACAUCUUUUUUCGCAUCUAAUGAAAUAUUAUGGGGAAGCCAGUUGUUUGGGAGCCAGCGCUGAGCCCGUAAAAGACACUGACUUGUCUGAACCUUAAGAAAGAGAAUUCGUUGAUAUCAGUGUGUAAUAACGUGAUCUGGAAUUUUGUCGGUUCGAUUAAAAAGAAUUCUAUACAGGAUCCCAUAAUCAACCCUUAUGUUCUAUAAGAAAAUCCAAGCCAGCCACACUUGGUGCUUCCUUUGAGAAACCCUGCAGAGAAACAGCAGAAGAAUUUGUGUCACGGUUUUUACAGCAGCGAAAAUGCAUUCAAAGGUCAGUAGGACAAUAUUCAUCAUUUUGAGUACAACUUAAAAGAUCCUGAUUUCAGCUUGCAAAACUAUCUUUUCAAUAUUUCAAAUCGAAGCAAACACAAACAGGGUUGGAUAAUUAUGAAGGGCACACAAGGAAAUGUACAUGAUACAACUUUUUUAUCGAUGGAAAUGCUUCUGAGAUGAAGGAUAUUGUUUACCGCACAAGAUAGCACAGCGACUCUAAAGUGUUUGCCGAGAUAUCCCCAACACCAACGAACAAGCUAUUUGUAG